CCGAACUGCAGCCGUCCGCCGAACCGUUUCUGUUGCGGAAGCGGAACUUUUGUUUCAAUAGAGGGUUUCUCACGGGAGUACUAACCUCACGCACAGUCUUGAAUAGCCGAUCCGCCAACGAUAUUGACCACUGAUUGGCUCUGUGAUUGACAAGCCAUGGCCAGUGUGGACAUGGAUCCUGAUGUUGCUCGGAGGCUCUUCGAGGAGGGAGCUACCUUGGUCUUGCUGGGAGUUCCUCAGGGCACAGAGUUGGGUAUUGACUACAAGAGCUGGAAGGUUGGUCCCCGCUUUCGAGGUGUUAAGAUGAUUCCUCCAGGAUUGCACUUUUUGCACUACUCUUCUUCUAACCCAGCUCACAUUGGAGGUGAAACUGGCCCAAAGACCGGCCUCUUCCUCACCCUUAAAAGUCGGGAGAUCCUUUUAGCUAACUGGGAUCCAAAAGAAGAAGAUCUAGACUUCUCACCCUCUGAGAAUGAGGAGGAGGUGAGUCGUGUCAGGGCCAACCUACAAGACUUAGACCCAUUCCUUGGGCCCUACCCAUAUGAAGUGAUGCGAAAGUGGGUGUCUCUGACCGACCGCCUGACCCAGGACGUGGCCAAUCAGCUGCAGCCUCUGUCUGGCAGAGUGUGUGCCUUCUGUGACGUCAUCCCCGAACUCCAACUCAAACACACCAAGGAUCGGGAAGAGCAAAAUCUGCCGAAGAAUGACGUUGCUUGUCAGAGUAUGAAGGAGGGCUUAGAAAAGCUUCCCCAGAUGAAGCAGAGGGAAGGCACAGAGCUACGCUUCUCCAGUAUCCCCAGUCAGACAUACCCUCCAGGUGCCACACCUGCCCAGAUCACCCAGUGUAGCCUGGAUCUGAGCUACGCCCUGGUGAAUCUGCUGGAGAAGCACUACAAACUGAAGCCCCUCGACGUUCUAGGUGAGCUUCAGUUUGCCUUUGUAUGCUUCGUGAUCGGGAAUGUGUACGAUGGCUUUGAGCACUGGAAGCGGCUGCUGGCUCUCCUCUGUCGCUCGGAGGACGCCAUGCGAAGCCACAAGGAGCUGUACCUGGGCCUCAUCGCCGUGCUCUACCAUCAACUUGGAGAAAUCCCACCAGACUUCUUUGUUGACAUUGUAUCGCAGGACAACUUCCUCACGUCCACACUCCAGGACUUCUUCCAGUUUGCAAUCGGGCCCGGCGUGGACAGCACCCUGCGGAAGAGAGCGGAGAAGUUCAAGGUCCACCUCACAAAGAAGUUCCGCUGGGACUUUGACGCCGAUCUGGACGACUGCGCCCCGGUCGUGGUGGACCUGCCCGAAGGUGUGACACCUGAGUGAUCCCCUUCCUCCAUCCCUCUGCUGCGGGCCACGUCAGGUAAAGAGACGGGACACGCAGCCCGAAGAUGCAAGCAGAGUCCCAACAUUGUUUGAGAAGAUCGUUAAUUCAGUGCCAAAACCAUCUCCACUUAUAAUGAAAUACUAUUUGUUCCUAUGCUGUUUCAAGCAGUGAUCAUUUAGAUUCAGAUGUUCUGUAUCAUUCUAUCGGAUUUCUUGGGUGCAAUAAGAACAGAUUGUGUCAGCAAUGGAAUAGUUCAUUGUUGCCCUCUAGUGGUCAUAAUGCGUUCUGGAAAAAAAAGUCAUUGUAGUACUUUGAGCCCACUGCACUUAAAACCCAUGUUGGAUACUGAACAUUCAUUCAGUUUUUUUUUUUUUUUUUUUACAACUGGUCAGCAGCUGUUACAAGCAUGUCGUUGCUAUACACUUAACUGUCCUCUUAUGCUAUAUACUAACAGUCCUUCCCAUGAUAGUAUCUACUUACUGAACAGUCCUUCCCCUAAUACUGUCUACUAAAUGCAGCACUGCCUUUGCAGGAUGUGUCAAUACUUCACUGUUACCUCCCAGUAAGUCAUUGCUAAUUUUGGGACUUUCUUUGGACUCUUUUUUAUGGUUUAUUGCAGUUUCGGGAACCCAUUUAACAAGUAUUCCAGUUUGAUUUGUGGAAAAGCAAUUUCUCAGUCAUCGCCCAUGUGCUCCUUAUUUCUAGGAUCUGGAGAAAUAAGAAUCCCAUUGUAAGUAAUAUGCAUCAGAUGGCGGUCAAUCAUUUAUCAUUUAGUUUUGGAACAUCGAUGAUGAAACUGAACUAUCACAAAGCAAAAUAAACCACAAUUGUACUUAUUUUUGUCAGGCAGAGUUCACGAUUUGAAUGGAGUGAUUGAUUAUCAUAUUGUAUUGAGAACUUGUUAUACGCCCUACAUUCCUUUGUAUUAAACAAAGCAUUUCUUAAA